AGCACGCCUUCCAAAGUAGGCACAAGCAUCAAAACUUAUAUCCCAUAUCCUUGAAUUUAUCAAGAACACUGCCUGCUGAAUCAUCCUUUAUGGCUUUAUCAUCAGCUGACGCGCACAAUUCCAUGAAUUCUCCUGUAUUUGGCCAUAAAGAUGACACCCCUUGUAGCUAUCCUUUGCUUCCCCGAAACCCAAUUCGUCAACCACCAUUAUUUAAAGGUGACGUGCCGUUUCUUGAAUUCUGCUACAGUUGUUCACUCUUUAAAACUAAUUGUACUCGAGGGGUUUGAGGAAAGGUCUGUGAGAGAAAAAUGCUGGGAUUUGGGACUUUCAGCCACUCUAUUUCCGCCGGAAGAAAGACUGAAAUGGGCUAUGAUGUACCAGAGGGUGUGGAUAUUCGGGGUAGAUAUGAUCCUGAGUUUGCCAGAAUUCUUACCAGGGAUGCUUUGCAAUUUGUUGCUGAUUUGCAAAGGGAGUUUAGGAACCAUAUUAAGUAUGCCAUGGAGUGCAGGAAAGAGGCAAAGAUGAGGUAUAACAACGGGGCAAUGCCAGGAUUUGAUCCAGCUACCAAGUCUGUGAGGGAUGCUGAGUGGGUUUGUGCACCAGUGCCCCCAGCUGUUGCUGAUAGGAGGGUUGAGAUAACAGGGCCAGUUGAGAGGAAAAUGAUCAUCAAUGCACUCAACUCUGGGGCCAAGGUUUUCAUGGCUGAUUUUGAGGAUGCAUUGUCACCAAGUUGGGAGAAUCUUAUGAGGGGACAAGUGAACUUGAAAGAUGCUGUUAAUGGAACUAUAAGCUUUCAUGACCAAGCUAGAAAUAGAGUUUACAAGCUCAAUGAGCAUACUGCUAAGCUUUUUGUCCGCCCAAGAGGUUGGCAUUUACCCGAGGAUCAUAUAUUAAUUGAUGGUGAACCUGCCACUGGUUGCCUAGUUGACUUCGGCCUCUAUUUUUUCCACAAUUAUGCUGCAUUUAGGCAGAACCAAGGUGAAGGAUGUGGUCCUUUCCUUUAUCUCCCAAAGAUGGAGCAUUCAAGAGAAGCUAGGAUAUGGAACAAUGUAUUUGAGAAGGCAGAGAAAAUGGCUGGUAUUCAAAGAGGAAGCAUUAGAGCUACUGUUCUAAUUGAGACACUUCCUGCUGUCUUUCAAAUGGAUGAAAUCCUGUAUGAACUGAGAGAUCACUCUGUUGGCUUGAACUGUGGAAGAUGGGAUUAUAUAUUCAGCUAUGUCAAGACCUUCCAGGCUCAUCCCGAUAGACUGCUGCCAGAUAGGGUCCUAGUAGGAAUGGCUCAGCACUUCAUGGAAAGUUACUGUGAUCUACUGAUCAGGACCUGUCACAGGCGCAGUGUGCAUGCCAUGGGAGGAAUGGCAGCUCAAAUUCCAAUUAGAGAUGACCCAGCGGCAAAUGAAGCAGCAUUGGAGCUAGUAAGGAAGGACAAACUGAGAGAGGUGAAGGCAGGGCAUGAUGGUACUUGGGCCGCACACCCAGGGCUGAUCCCCACAUGUAUGGAAGUUUUUACCAACUACAUGGGCAAUGCUCCAAACCAAAUUGAAACUAUGAAGCGAGGAGAUGCUGCUGUCAUAACUGAGGAAGACCUCUUACAGAUACCAAGAGGAGUUCGAACCAUGGAAGGCCUUCGUCUCAAUACCCGAGUUGGCAUCCAGUAUUUGGCUGCAUGGCUAACUGGAACUGGCUCAGUCCCUCUUUACAAUCUUAUGGAGGAUGCUGCAACCGCUGAGAUAAGCAGAGUCCAGAACUGGCAAUGGUUGAAGUAUGGAGUUGAAUUGGAUGGUGACGGCAUAGGUGUGAAGGUGACCGUGGACCUCUUUGGGAGGGUUGUCGAGGAAGAAAUGGCUAGGAUCGAGAGAGAAGUUGGAAAAGAUAAAUUCAAGACAGGCAAGUACAAAGAGGCUUGCAGGAUAUUCACACAGCAAUGCACAGCUCCAGCAUUGGAUGACUUUCUGACUCUAAAUGCCUACAGCCACAUUGUCAUGCAUCAUCCUGAUGGAUCUUCCAGGCUCUAAAUGGUUCCUUCCUUCGUUCCCCUAAUACCUGGAAUAUCAUGUAUUGUCUAAAAAUUUCCUUGUUUCUUAUGUUUCGAUUGGAAAGUGUUCUGCUGCUACUUUUGAGUUCAUAUUAUCUGGAAUAUAAUAAAUUUGAGUCUGUUUGGGUGUGGAUUUAAUCUCCAAACACUA